AUGAAGAAAAAAAAAAUUGCGACUGAUAGUGUAAAGUAUGAUCCUGAUUGUGAUACGGUUGUGUGGCAGCUGGGUAUAACUUUUACAAGUGUGAAAGAGUUUCGAGUGGCAGUGACUAAAUAUGCAAUUCAGAAAAGGGUUCAAAUUGAAAAGUAUAUAAAUGAGCCAAAUAGAGUUAGGGUGAGAUGCAGCAUGAAAAACUGCAAGUGUUUACUGUAUGCAAGUCUUGAUCCUAAGUCCAAUAACUUUGUUAUUAGGACUUAUAUUCCAGUACAUAAUUGUGAUAGAGUCACCAUAAAUUACUUAUGCAACAUAAGAUUUUUGACCAAGGCUAUAAAAGAAGAUGUAAUUGAGCAACCUAAUAUCAGAGUUUUCAAGUUGCAACAAUCAAUUAGAAAGAAGUUUAAGCUGCAUGUAAGUAAGACCACAACUAGGAGAGAAAGAGCUAGAAUUUUGAAUGAGAUUAUGGAUGAUCAUAUUCUAGAGUAUGGCAGAAUUCUUGACUAUAAGGAUGAAUUGUUAAGGUCCAAUUCGGGGAGUACUUGUGUGGUUAAACCUGGUGAAUCUAAUAAGCUUGGUAGGCCACUGUUUGAGACAUUCUACAUCUGCUUUGAAGCAGUCAAGAUGGCAUCUAGGUCAUGUAGAAAAUUUAUAGGUGUGGAUGGUUGUUUCCUAAAGGAAGUAUGCAGGGGUCAGUUACUGGUUGCUGUAGGUAAGGAUGGAAAUAACUACACGUUUCCACUUGCUUGGGCUGUAGUGGCAAAAGAGAAUAAAAAUAUAUGGAGAUGGUUUAUUUCUCUCUUGCAAGAUGACUUGGGAGUAGGAGAUGGAAGUGAUUUCACUAUUAUGUCAGACAUGCAAAAAACAUUCUUCUAUUAA